ACAGUAUCCUAUUACUACAUACCUCUUAUAGGUAGUAUCUCAUUGUUAUUCAACAUAAUUAUUAGACAGUUGCUUGACAACACCACUACCAAUGACCAAGCAUACUGGUUCUUCCAUGCACCGGGUGCCUUCGACCGGGGCAGUCGAACACGGCUAUCCGAGUGGACAUCUUGGGCACCUUACCGAGCAUGAGGAGCAGGCACUAGUAGAAUUCAAGACACUUCUUGAGGAGAAAGGUCUAUACAAGCCGAACGAUCCGAACUCUCAUGAUGAUCCUACACUCCUUCGAUUUCUUCGAGCGCGAAAGUUUGUGCCCCAGGAUGCAUACGUACAAUUCAGCGAAACCGAAAAGUUCCGCAAGUCGAACCAAAUCGAGGUUCUGUACGACACGAUCGAAGUCGACUCUUUCGAGGAAUCUAGGAAACUUUAUCCAAGAUUUACCGGGCGACGUGACAAGCGCGGCAUUCCCAUCUACGUAUACCAAAUCCGACAUCUUGACUCCCAUGCAGUGGCCAAGUAUGAGAAGUCGACCGAGACAACGUACAGCAGGGCGAAGACGGACGGGAAGACGCCCGCGAAGCUGCUGCGCUUAUUUGCGCUAUACGAGAACCUAACGAGAUUCGUGCAACCGCUGUCUUCCGAGUGCACUGACCGCCCGCAUCCCGCUACCCCGAUCACCCUGAGCACCAAUAUUGUCGACAUUUCGCAUGUUAGUUUACGCAUGUUCUGGAAUUUGAAGGCUCACAUGCAAGCAGCUAGUCAGCUAGCGACUGCGCAUUAUCCCGAGACAUUGGACCGAAUCUUCAUCAUCGGGGCACCGAUAUUCUUCUCAACAGUAUGGGGCUGGGUCAAGCGCUGGUUUGAUCCGGUAACUGUGUCCAAGAUUUUUAUCCUCCAAGAGCACGACGUCCUGCCCGUCUUGACGUCAUUCAUGGAUAAAGAGAACAUCCCCAAGUGCUAUGGCGGCGAUUUAGAGUGGGACUUCUUCGACCAGCCAGCCUGGGACGACGAGAUCAAGCGGAUAUGUCAAUUCGAGAACGGCUACACUGCUUUCCCCACAGGCCCGCUGUACUGGAAGCCAAUCGACGACGGCAAGCGACUCGAGUGUCUCGCCGUAGGCACCAUCAAGGGUGGUUCAGACAGAAGGGAGCGCGUCUGCACCAUCACGAGGGCCUACCCGCCCAAGACCACGGAGGAUACCCUGGUGUCCGCUACGGUAUCCCAGACAGACGACGCAACAAUAGAUGCCGACGAGGCCUUUACGACGCCCACCGAAAAGGCUUCUGUCAAUGUAGACGUCCCAACUGCGAACAUCGCGGCACUAUCGCUCGCCGAGGCUAAGUAACGAAAAGCUACCUGCUGACUUACUACCUAAAUACAUAUAUAACCUACUCAGGAUAAUCCUACAUACCCUAUUACCCUUUUCUUCCCCUCAUGCAUUGGACACGACGUGGAAGGGU